CCAACAGCACUGGGAGGGGUGGUUCUGGUGCCACUGGUUUGAUUCCCAGCUCCAGAAAGUUAAUGAAGGAGGAUUAUUUCGCAGACCGAGAGACGGAGGGGAACGUGUCUCUCUGUCAUUCCAGGAAAAACAACCAUGUCCCAGGGAAUUAUCCGGAUACUUUGCUUGUGAUGUUCUGGAAAAACUUUUACUGGACGAUGUUCUCGCUGCUUCUGGGAGCUUCUCCAUGGUUUAAAUGCAGGAGAAACUGUUAUUCGUUGUUUUGGACCGGAUAUAGUGUGGGUUGGGGCAGAGAUGCGUAAUGCGCAGAGCGAGCUCCAUCUUCUCUCCAAAUAGGCAGCGCGCAAGACCCGAGAAUGUCUACAUCGGAGGUGAAGAAGGAGUCCGGGGAGUCCAGUCCGUCGGAGGCCGCCUGCCUCUGCUCUCCUCCGGCCGCCAAGAACCAGUGCGCCAGCUGCGGCAUGGAGAUCCACGACCGGUACCUGCUGAAGGUCAACAACCUGAACUGGCACCUGGGUUGUCUGGAGUGCUCAGUGUGCAGAGCGUCUCUGCGUCAACAGAGCAGCUGCUACGUUAAAAACAAGGAAAUCUACUGCAAACUGGAUUAUUUCAGUAGGUUCGGCACCAAAUGUGGCCAGUGUGGGCGGCAGGUGUACGCCAGUGACUGGGUGCGGCGGGCCCGGGGCAGCGUGUACCACCUGGCCUGUUUCGCCUGUUUCUCCUGCAAGAGGCAGCUGUCCACCGGGGAGGAGUUCGGCCUGGUGGAGGGCCGGGUGCUGUGCCGCAGCCACUACGACGUCAUGCUGGACAACCUCCGCCGGGCGGCAGAAAACGGCACAGGACUGACUCUGGAGGGAGCGCUGCCCUCCGAUCAGGACGGUCAACCCAAACCAGCCAAGAGAGCGCGCACGUCCUUCACUGCCGAGCAGCUGCAGGUGAUGCAGAAUCAGUUCGCUCAGGACAACAACCCCGACGCUCAAACUUUACAGAAACUGGCAGAAAUGACGGGGCUGAGCAGACGAGUGAUACAGGUUUGGUUUCAGAACUGCCGGGCACGACACAAAAAGCAGCCGCCCCACAACAGCUUCUCUCAGAGCGCUCCGCUGUCCAGGAUGCCUCCAUCGCUGCCAGACGACAUCCACUACUCCCAGUUCAGCAGCCCGGACCGACCACACCUACUCGCUCUGCACGGAUAUCUGGACGCUCAUCCCUUCUCCGUCCUCGCUGCUCCGGGCCACUUGACCCAUCCAUCCAUCUCGUUACCACAGCUUCCCAUAAGCCGCUGACACACCGGGCCCGCGGCUCCACCACUCUGAUGAUAUUGUGAAAGAAAAUGUAAUGUAAAAUGUUUUGGGAGCAGCAGGACAAUCUGCUUUCAAUCAGUCGGAUUCUUCGUCGUGAGACUGAAAAGCUCAACUUGUCUUCUGAAGACAGCAGAUUGUGGUUACGGAAGAAAACGUCCAACAAAGCAGGACAGAAAGGACGAGCGCUCAUUUUGUUUUUUCCUUUUUUUUGUGGCUGGACACAAAACACUGCAUCAGGUCAGGAUGUCUUUUCAUUUGUUGACUCAAUCAUUCAAGGUGUUUUAAUAAGUUCGCUGCAAUAUGAGCUUUCAGAAAAGACGAAAAAGGGAGCGUUGUAAGAGUAUUACAGUAAAACCUCAGUAUUUUGUCUCUUCGUCUUGAGUUGAUGAUGAGCACGUUUGCAGCCUCACUGUCGUUUGUUGUUGUGUUGUUGUCAGAAAAAUUGGAAACAACUUAUUUAUUGCAGAACAAAACUUCACUUUUAAAAAAAGCACUUUUCAAUGUGUCUGGAAAUGAAAACAAUUCAGUGAUUGUACAUUGUAAAUAUACGGUUUAAUAAAAUGUA